AUGCGAGGCGGCCAACGGUGCUUGCCGGCGCGGUCACAGACCAGGUUGCACUUUCGCGGGUUGCGUGCGUUUAGUCAGAAAGGCGUUCGCAUGGGCGCCGAGCAGCUGAUUGAUGCGUGCCAAGCACGCCUGGCGCAUCCGGAGGCGCCGACGUACGACGUGCUGGAGCGCUACGCGUCGCAGCUCGAGCAGCAGCUCCACGAUCUUCUAGCGGCGAGAGACGCCGAGCAGGCCAUGUGUCGAGCGAGCGCCGAGUGCACGUUUGCAAAGAACACGGCCGGCCGCGUCCUCACUGCGCUCUUCGACCACGCAACGGGCGGCAAAGUCGAGGGGCUGACGACGUGGUGGGAGACGGGCAGCAUCCAGACGCGCAGCGGGCCCGCGCACUGGCGUCUCGACCCGAAGAGCCUUCGGGACAAGCGCGGGUUCACCCUUCUACACGCGACCGUCGAGCGCAGCUUGGCCAAGGAGAGCGCCAAAGCCGCGACAGUGUGCUUCCUCGUCGAUACCAUGGGCUUGGACGUGAACGCGGUGGACCUCUUUGGUCGGACGAGCCUCCACUACGCCGCCUUAGCAGGCUACGCUGACGUCGUUGAGGCGCUCUUGAGGCGACAAUGCGACCCGCGGCUCCGCGACAAGGCCGGCUUGACAGCGCUCGGCACGCUCCAGCUCACAACGCUCUCGGCCAACGCGAGCUCUGACGCCAUUGUACAAGCGCUGCUGCAGCACGCCGAGAAGCCUCACUUUGGCGACGAGCCCACGACCGACGACGCACUGGCCUCGGCACUUGUCGGCCUUCACCGCGUCUUGCCCUACGUCGCGGACCGCGCGGCGCUGGCCGAGCGCUUGGACGUGUGGCGGCAGUCACUCGACCUCUCGCUCGUAUGCUGGCACGACGUGAUUGUCUCGCUCCUAAGCUUGGACGAUGACGCGAUGUUUCUGCCGUCAGCCUACAUGGCGCCGGCCUUUCUCAUGACGUGGCGUAAUCAGGUGCAUCUGCACGGCGGCGCGUCGACGGCGUGGGCUGCCUUUUGCACAAGCAUGGUGGGCCGCUGCCAGGCUGCGACGCAGCCUGCGCCUGCGCCCGAGAGAGACACGUGGCACUACGCUGCGCUACUGAGUGCGACCGCCGAGAAGCUCGCGCCCAUUGCUGUGGAGAAAGGCUCGGUGGUCGCUGCCGUGCGCGUGCCAGGCGGACGGUACCUCGCCUACAAGCGGCUCUUGCUUGGCACGAGCGUCUAUGGUGUUGUCGACGCCAACGCGACGUCCCUGACACUCGAUCGCCCGUUUGAGGGGCCUUCGACCGAGCGCUGUCCUGUCUACGGUGCGGACGAGGACGACCUGCCGCCCUACGUCCAAGUGCUCACGCUACACGAGCGGGCGCCAGGGAACCCGUUCGAAACCGACUCCGUCGAAGAGGACUUGGUUCAGAUGCAUCAGCGCAUGGCGCCCGACUCGAGCUACGAGCUCCGCCUUCGCGUCGGGCCCACGUCGUCGCGUGCACAGGCCAAAGCACUCGUGGCCGAGUGGCGCCGCGUCGCCCGCCAGCACUUUGCGAAUCGCACGUGUGCGUCCAAAGCCAACGUCUGCGCGCUCGCCUGUCCCCAAGUGCAAGGCGAGCGCCUCUGCUUUGAGAGCCUCGCGGCCAUCGGACGCGACUUGGCCCACGCCACGUUUGGGCGUGCCACGUUCGCCAAGGCCGUGCCUGUCCGCGCGAGCCUCGCAUGA